CUUCAGUUCCUGAGGAACAUGCAGAAAGAUGCUAUUGCUGCUCACAAGGAAAACAAGCUACAUCUGCAGCAACACAUCUCCUUGGAGUUUCUAAAGCUGCAUCAGUUCCUGCACAGCAAAGAAAAGGACGCUUUAAAUGAGCUCCGAGAAGAGGGGAAAGCCUUGAAUGAGGAGAUGGAGCUGAAUCUGAGCCACAUUCAAGAACAGUGCCUCCUAGCCAAGGAGAUGUUGGACAUCACACCUCUCUUGGAUAGCUUGGAGCAAGGAAUGAGGGUGCUGACACCCAGAGAGCUUAUCUCCAGAAAGCUGAACCCAGGCCUGUUCAGAGGUCCCAUCCAGUAUAUGAUGUGGAGGGAAAUGCAGUCCACUCUCUCUCCAGGCCUGUCUCCAUUAACUCUGGACCCUAAAACUGCUCACCCAAAUCUAGUGCUCUCCAAAAACCGAACAAGUGUAUGGCAUGGUGACAUUAAGCAGGUAAUGCCUGAUGAUCCAGAGAGGUUUGACUCAAGUGUGGCUGUGCUGGGCUCAAAAGGCUUCACAUCUGGAAGGUGGUACUGGGAAGUAGAAGUAGCAAAGAAGACAAAAUGGACAGUUGGAGUCGUCAGAGAAUCCAUCCUUCGGAAGGGCAGCUGUCCUCUAACUCCUGAGCAAGGAUUCUGGCUUUUAAGACUACGGAACCAAACUGAUCUAAAGGCUCUGGAUUUGCCUUCCUGUAGUCUGAAACUGACUAACAACCUCAACAAGGUGGGCAUAUACCUGGAUUAUGAGGGAGGGCAGGUAUCCUUCUACAAUGCUAAAACUAUGACCCACAUUUACACCUUCAGUAGCACCUUCAUGGAGAAACUUUAUCCCUACUUCUGCCCUUGCCUUAAUGAUGGUGGAGAGAAUAAAGAACCAUUGCAUAUCUUACAUCCACAGUAA